CAGGUCUUAUAGCUUAUUGUUACAUAGAUUUAUAGUUGUUACUAUGUAAUGUGUUCUUGUUGAUUAAAGGACAUCUUGACUUUAUUGCUCUAAAUGUUGCCUCUGAUGUAGAAAGGAAAAUAUGAUAUUAAAAUAAAAAAGGGAUCAUUUUAGGCCAAAAACAAUGAGUGGGAAAAAAGGAAUAAAUCCAAGGAUCUACGAAGUGCCAUCAAACCUGAGUGCCAGUUUGAAGAGGCCUUCUAUUUGACACUACCCUCAGAAAACUGUCAUAUGGGACAUCUUACUAAAGGCGUUGACGAGCAUUUUGGCAAACUUAAUGUCCCAGCCAGUUGAUCCUGUCAUUGUCAACAAGAUAAAAGAACUGUACCGUCACAACAUGAGGAAAGCAAGUCUUAUUGAGACGUACAUUCAUCUUUUUGUCAAAGACGAUGUGUUCAAAGGCAAAGAAUGUCCUUCACGUCUAAAUAGACGCUGGUUCCCGACAUUAAAAGACAUAAAAAACAUUGCUACCUGCCAGUCAAAAAACCCUAAUGAUCAAGUUAAUCUUGCUGAUUAUGUUAAUCAACAGAAGGCAGUGAAUCCAGAAGACUUGAUAUUUUUUAGGGCUUCUUCCUUGGGAGAAAAUCAAAAGGUGAACUUCUUGUUUGUAUAUCAGACAAAGUGGCAAAGGAGACUGCUGAAACGAUAUGGCAACCACAUAACACUCAUGGAUGCUACUUACCGCACCUCUAGGUAUGCCAUGCCCCUAUUUUUCAUUUGUGUGAAGACCAAUGUCAAUUUCACAGUGGUGGCAUCCUUCCUGGUAGAAACAGAAAAUCAGGAAUCCAUCAUGGAGGCCCUGGCCAUAAUCAAGAAAUACAGCCCAGAGUGGGAUCCUGAACAUAUGAUGGUGGAUUACAGCAUGUCUGAAAUAAAUGCAUUAGAAGCCUCAUUUCCAGAAACAAAAAUCCUUCUAUGUGAUUUCCAUCGUGAAAAAAGCUGGAAAGAAUGGGUGUCAAAAAUUCAGAAUGGUGUGUCAGGGUGCCAAGAAGAAUGCCUUGGCAUCCUUAGAGCUCUGGCACACAGUCCAACAGUCACAGAUUAUAAAGAGACACUGGCGCAUUUUAAGUCCAGUGAUUUGUGGAAAGAUAAUCCCAAAUUUAGGACCUAUUUUUCCAACCACUGGGAAUGUAGAGCUGAGAAGUGGGUAAAAGCAUACAGGGGCACAUUGCUGAUCCCCGUCAAUUCCAACAACGGAUUGGAAAGGCAAAAUCUUGCCUUAAAGGAUAGUUAUCUGCAGGGAUUUAAGAACUGCACUAUAGAAGCUUUGGUGAAGGUGUUGGUGGAAAUGUUCAUUCCCAACUCAUUUGUCAGGUACCAACAACUAAACAUCCGUUGCUCUGCUGAAAAAAGGCAGUACAGUCAAGAAGUACCAACUUUCCUGCACAACAGACCAGUGCAGUUUGUAAGGCACAUAAUGGAUCGGUGGACAACAUUUAAUAUCAGCAAUGUCAAGAGGCUGUCAUCAAACCAUUUCAAAGCAAAGAAUGAUGACCAGACAGAAUAUAACAUUUCACUGGAUCCCUGCUGUUGUGAGUGCCCUGAUUUUUGCCAACAUAAAAUUCCAUGCAAACACCUUUGUGCAGUCCUGAAAUUUCCAGGGGUGUCUUGGUCUUCACUGGGUUCAAUUUUUAACAGCAAUCCAGCAUAUUUGCUGGACGAGGAUGUCAUCGACCAAUCUCCUGUGUCAUACAGUGAUGAAAUUUCAACGGUAACAUCUGAACCUCCCCCUCUUACAUCUGAGUCUCACCCUACUGAAACAGAUGUCAUAAUAAAUGACCUUCCCAAAAGAAAGAAAAACGUGGCCAAAGAACAAUCCAUCUGCAUUUCCUUGGCCAAGGAAUUACUGGAUUCACUCUAUCAAAUAGACUCUCUCCAAGACCUGCAGCAUAUCAGGAAACAGAUAGGCAUGGUGUUAGAAGAAGCAAAAGGGGCAAUUCCACAUGAGUAUGGAUUACCAAAAAAGCCUAAGUCUCCACGUAAAAAGCCAAAGGUAUCACCCAAAACAAAAAUUGGUUCUUUACCCCAAAGACAGAAGAAGCUGCAGUUGAUGAAAAGAGUGGGAAAAGGAGCAGAAAUAGCUAGAAGAAAGCGGGGAUUAUCUGAUCUCAACUUGAGUCAAGCAGCAAAACCAUCAGCAGUUCCACCAAUAAAGAAAGUAUGUGUGGAAGCAAAAAAACAAGAGUCACCAAGCUCACCAAAGGCACAAAACAAAAUCAAAAUACAUUUAAAUCGAUAUGCUGUCCCUUCACAAAACACCAAUGUGACGCUUGGAAAAUACAAGUCGCAUCAUAUAACGUAUGACAGUAUUACAUCUAUAAAUGGGAUGCUUGCUGAUGAAGUAAUUGACAGUUAUCUGGACAUUAUGAUUAGCAACAGUGGCAAGAAGGUGUUCCAUGUGAGCCUUCAUGUAAUGUCCAGGAUUGUAUAUGAUGGAGACAUGACUUAUUUUUCUAAGAAAGACCUCCGAGAAUAUGACAUCAUAGUGGGAGUUUGUAUUAGACGAGGACACUACUCUGUCUUGUAUUGUGGAAGAAAGGAGGGGAAAUACACCUUUGUCAAUUCUCUUGGAGAGACUGGUCAAGAAAAGGACACAAUCACAAGAAACUGGGGCACCUUUUCCAAAAGAAAAGAAAUUGGAUGCCAGUUUGUCACCAUCGACCAUGAGAAACAACUGGAUGGCUACACUUGUGGGCUCUGGUGUAUACAUGCAGUGGAGCACCUGUUGGAAUAUGGGUUGAACAGAACUCCAAAGAUCUGCCAGCCAGACUUUUUAAGGCUUAGGCUAAAUAUUGCCACUUUGAUUUUAAGAAAUAUUGUUGUUGCAGACAAAAGACACCUAGAAUUAAGACCUGUUGGACAGAAGAUCAAAUUAACUAUGUCACAAAGCAACACUUAGUGUAUCAAAUCCUGGCAAUUAUGUUACUAUUAUAUACUACCAUGUACUUAUAUCAAAUAUUAUAUAUACAGAAUAUUGAAUGAAACUUUUGCAUUAACAGUGGACAUUCCAUAACAUUAUUUAAAUAUAUUUGUAUUAUUACUAUUUAUAUAAUUGAUAUUGGGAUGCUGUUGGUAUUUUUUAAUGGUGUUUGGGUGAUGGACUUGUUAACAAGCUAUGUGCACUAGCAUCUGAUUUAAGGAUAUAAUACUGUACUGUAUUUACAGUAUGUCUUCAUUUUACAUAAUAGUGGAGAAAAAUAGUUUUAAGAUCUUAACAAAAAUCAGUCAAUCUUAGUUAUGCCAGAGCCCUCUAAGUUAAUUUUCUGAGUAAAAUUAUUGUACUGAAAUACAGUUAAAUUUUCAUUAAAAAUAAAAUUAAUUUUGGGUGGGUCCAAAUCGGGGGUCUCUUUAUCACCUGCAGUACACAUACCUUAUACAAUCGUCUAAGAGGGAUCAAUAUAUGUGCAACAAAAAAGAUUAUCAUAAUGAUUGUUGUAAAAUAUUAAGGAGAAGAUGAGUGUCUCUUAUUAUCUGAUUUUAGAUGACAUCUACUGUGUACAAGUAAAUGACAGUCAUAAAAUAUGUUUUAAGAAAAGAUCAUAUGACAUGUUAAAAUAUCAACAAUAUA